UACGAGGCUAGUCUGACACUCGCUGACGCAUCGAAGCACGUCGGUCGUUUUGAACAAUAUAUAAAAACCAUUGUUCCUGAUUUUUUUCUGUAUGCGUGGAAUUUUUUUGUUCAAAACAAGUGGAUAAAAAGCAACUGUUGUAUAGUUGAAAAUGUCGAACGAUCAAACGGUGCACUUUCUUGCUCUGUUCCGUUAUCUCUGAAUUUAUCUCAUUGAUUUAAUUGUACCUGUGAAGUUUAUUUCAGUGUCUGAAACAAUUGUCGCAUUCUAUUAAAGUAUGUGAUUCAUCGAGUGUAUUAGGAGAGUGAAAACUAUCAUAUUUUCGUAACGAAAUCUAAUAAAUAUUACAAAAAUGCCGGAAAGCAGUGCAGUUUAUCAGCCAACGACAGUUGGUUAUGCGUAUGAUAAUGGAAGAGAUACUCGUGGCUCUGGAGGAAUAAGGAGCGGCUUCUCCAGGAUUAUUUCCAGACACAAACUCAGCUCCAGAAAAUGGCUCGAAUGGGUUCUUUUAUCUGUUUCCUUUUGCGUCUUCGUGGCUGGCCUGGCUGUGAUGAUCGUUAAUUUAGUUUCCGCUGAUGAUAUAACAACGAGCAACUCUCAGGAUUCAGAAAAGAAGACGCCGGUGAAGGAUGCGACGACAGAAGUGGAGGAACACGUAGGAGGUUCCGGAGGUUCAUUGGCACUAGGUGCUACGAUGAUGCUGUUUGGACUCUUUUUGGGUCUCGCCUGGGUGUGGCUUCGAUUCUUCCGACGAAGCAAGUCACCCAGGGGAGGAUUGACUGGUGGUGGAGGCCAGAUGUUGGGCGGUUUGAAUCCAUCAACUGACUUGCUGGUGGGUUCCACUUCGCAGUACGGGCCUGUACUAACUGAAUUGCCGAGCCAGAUGAAAGUCGUCAAGUCCUCAGAUGCCCGAGAGACGCCCGUGACUUUGCCGCUCUCCGAUCAGGAGGAGGAGACGCACACUCUGAUGCAAGAGCCUUCAUCUCCACCAACUGCUUUGAGUGCUUCGAACGUGACUUCCAAUCAAAUACCAGGAUGAGUAUUCAGUUCGACGCUCGGUAUCAAUUAUAAGCAAUACAGAAAACUUUUAUUUUUUACCUCUCGAAGAAAAGGUCUAGGGCGAGGGCACCGAUAUUUUCGCGGAACGCAAGCUGCUUCCCUAACUUAGACUAGACUCGAAUCUUGACGAGUCUCUAGGCGUUUAAGCUGCAAUUGUGCGAAGCUCGAUCGACUUACCGAUUUUACAAUAUUUAAGCAUCCGGUUUUAUCCUCUUCAGGAGCAUUUAUUGCAUGUAAGGAAAGUUACAUCAAAUUCUGCUCAAUGUAGUUUUAGAUCGUUAGGUCACUCGUUCAAAUUUAUCAGAUAUCACUAUCAGAUUCUCUAGUUUUUCUAGAUUUCUAGCUUCUACGGAAAAUUUUGCAGAAUCAUGUUUCGCGAUUAAGUAGCUCGAAUUUUUUACUAGCUACUUUAGGAUAGUUCGUCGUUUUUUUAAGUAAUUAAGCCUAGACAAUCGACAAAGUCCUUGCAAGAUGAGUUGAAUUGUACAGAUAAAUUAAAUUUCAUAAUCCCUUGCACAAAAGUUCAGAAAAAGGACAUAUUUACUCAUAUUAGAAUGAAUUUACGGUCUUUAUGAAUCACAUCACAGGGGGCUUUCUUUCACUGAACAUAUAAUACGAUUUUAUUUCGGGAGGGGGGGGGGGGUAAUGGUUUAUCUUGCCAUUGAAAAUAUUUAAAACUUUUUUUUUAAGUCGGUUGAAAUGUAAAGGAAAUUCUUUGCUUUAUAAUACUUAGUUAUCUUCAUCACUUUGAAUUUCGCACUCAGAUUUUUAAUUAUUUUACGCACAUCACACAUUCACAUUUAUGAUUAAUCUAACGAUCUUAUUUUAAUUUUACACUAUGACUUAUAAUUAUUUAGGUAAUUUUAUUUAAGAUUAGGCAGAUUUAUGAUUGACGAGCUUCUUGACUCUGAAUUGAACUAUUUUUGAAUUGAAAAAAUAGAUAAAGAUCAGGAAAGAAGAAAAACGUUUUGAUUUCUGCUGUCGGUUGCCCAAGCGAAACAGGUUGACUGAAUAUUUGUAUUAUGCACUUUUUUUAAAUGCAAAAAAAAAAAUCACUUACAAACAUUUGACUUACUAAUGUUUAUUUUUAUUGAUUUUAAAAAUUUACACUUAGUACUUCUGCUGCUAAUUUUAUUUGAUUGAAAAAGCAUGUAUGUUUUUUUUUUUUUAGGAAUUUCAGUUAAUAAUGUCUUUUUAUUGACAUUGAGAUUUUUCUUAUGAUUUCUCCACAGCUUUUUACAACUGUGCGACUCAUGUCUGUACAAAGUUUUUCUACUCCAAGGUUUGCACACGUCCUUUAUUGAAAUGCCUAAAUUUUUCGUUAUUAACGAAAACGCGUACUUAUUGUCUAAACUUUCAUCGAACCAGAUUCGUACGUCCACACGAUUUUUUUACUCCGUCCAAUCAACGAUUUUAUAAAGAGUGAAUUGAAAAUUUCUCUUUUGUUCCAUACUUUUGGUCUACGCACUUCAAAUAUUUAUAAUGCAACAUUGCAUUUUUCCCAGUAUGCCAGUUUGUAAACUUAAUGAUGAUUGACUGUCAGACAGUUUUUGAAUUCUCUAAUAUCAUUAGUCAUUUAGCAUCGAGGUUCUGCAGUUUUCCACAAUGAAAAAACUAGUUUGUAUUGCGAAGAUCUUUUUGUGCUUUUAUUGUACUUGAAAUUAUAGUAUUAUUUUCGGAGGAGACUAAAGUGAAUAAUUGUGUAAGAUUGCUUUUUUUUAUUCGUAAGAUUUGUCGUCGAUAGAAUAUUAGGACAAACGCAUCGACGACCGAUUCAUUUUAUAGCAGUUGUUAAAAUAUACCUCACGAUUUUUUGGUUGUAGUAUAUUAAGUGCUAAUAAAUUGCUUUAAGAAUA